UUGUUUUGAAAUCACUUCGGUGAGUUUCGCCCCGCCUCUCGCUCCAAGGACCAUUUGACCAUUUAGUAAGAAAGCGCUGCGCCUCCACUUCCCAGGAUGCUUUGAGGCGCGGCGGCGGCGGCUGCAGCUGUGUGCGCUCCGGCUUGCCCGCAGCAAAGUGAUGAUAACACGCCAAACAAGGUACAAUGCGAGAGCGUUCACUUUGAUAUUUCUCUGUGGAGUAGCAGCGCUAUGGCUGUCGAAGAUAAUAAUCGUGCGCUCAGCUUGUUCCACCACAAGACCAGUCCGGUUGAGGCUGCUCCUCUGGCGUGGUGUGCCCGUGAUGGUCAGUAACUCGCUCCAGACAGUAGAGGUGGGAAAAGUGACUCGGGAUGCUCGGUCAAUCUCCUCACCUUAUCGGGGGCAUCUUGUGGAUCAAGAAUCCAAUGAGAGCUGUUCACUGCAACCUGAGCCAGAAUGGCAUUGACCACCAGAUGUGCCCGGAGGACAUGACGUCACAGCCGGAGGAGGAGUCGGUGGACGCAGGGUCUCUGCUGCUUGACGACGACAGCCCGAGCUACCAGGACGUCAGCCCCCUCAUGUACCAGCGUCGCGCGCCGCCACAGCGCUCCGUCUCCGAGUCUGAGCUGUCACGGCCAGGAUAUGUGAAGCUCUCUAAGCCGGUGGCCCUGUGGACCCAGCAGGACGUGUGCAAAUGGCUGAAGAAACACUGUCCCAAUCAGCACCAGAUCUACAGCGACUCCUUCAAACAGCACGAUAUCACAGGGCGAGCUCUGAUGAGAUUGACAGACAGAAAGCUGGAAAGAAUGGGCAUCAUGCAGGAAGCCCAGAGGCAGCACAUCCUGCAGCAGGUCCUGCAGCUCCGCGUCCGCGAGGAAGUCCGGACCCUUCAACUCCUCACACAAGGGCGCCCAGAAAAUAAACACCGUCUUGAGCCAGAUCUCCCUGUUGGCCGACGCGUACACAUAUCGCUGGCUGCCCAUACUCCAUUUGGAGGUCGUGUUUUAGGACCGCCAGUGCAGAUGUUGGAGUGUAGCCAAUUUCAAAGAGCCCUCUUCUCUGGAGUGCACCCCAUCUUCACCAUAAACCGACAGAGGACGACUACCCAGUCAAAAAAAGAGAACGAGGACAUCCACCGCCUUGGCCCCAGAACAUCUGCCCAAUAUGUGAUCGCCAGGAACAAUCUCAGCCCUCUAUCACCUUUGGUCUUCAUCUUUAUCCGAUCUGGGGGAAAAAACUCUUCUUCCAAGCCACUUCUGAGAAGCUCCCACAGGUUCUGACUCGCAGUCCAAAUACUCCUUACAGCUUCCUGGAAUCUGACCAAUAGUUUCCAUUGCAGGCGUACCGUCUCCAUUAAUUUCUGACCUUUCCAGAAAGACCUUCACGAGCCCUCUCACGCUAUAACUCCCCCACACUCCUCUCAGAAACACUCCCUUUUCCUCAAGAUACACUCAGCCAAGCCCUUCCAACAACAAUUCAGACCCAAGAUUUAACAUUUGCCUUGACUGGCUUUCCUUAAAGCGUUGUUACACGAGAUAAUCUCUGCAUUAUACGUGAUUAAUAGACAUUUUCAUGUGUGUGCUUAUUGGCUUUAAGGGAAACCUACCCUACCCUUACAGUAAAAAGUAAAGUUUCUAAUCCACUCCUACAUGCAAACUUAGUCUAUCUACUGUUCGUGUUAUCUUAGGUCCUUCAUUGUACCGAAGUGUGUAUUUCCUCCCAUGAGUACUAUUUGUGCUUGUGCUGAGCUUCUGCCUUACUGAGAAUGUUCAGUAGUUGCAAAAUAAUGACUAUACACAACAAUACUCCUCUCCGUCCCUAAUUCUUCCUCUUCAUCUCUUGCCGACCCACAAUUGUAAACGUAUGACCAAUUAACACAACCAUUGUGUGUUUAUGUGCUCUCAUUCUGUGCAUAGGUUCUGUAAAAUAUGUCCUGGUGAAGUAUCCAUAUCGCUGCCCACUUUUUUCCCUCUAUAUAUAUUGUGGAUCACUUAGGGUAGACAUUAUCCCUGAGAGAAACUUCACUGUGAAAACAAACAACAGUUGGGGAAUAAACAAUGAACCUGGCAUCACAUUAGGUACGGUUGAGUUGGCUCCUCAGAAAUGAACGCCAUCGUUAUGAAAAGCAAUCUGAAGGAGAUGAAGCAAAAAACGGGAUGAACUGAAGGAAAUUCCCUUGGUGUCCCUAAAAGCACUGUGUUAGUAGGUAAACCGGGAGAAAGGGAGUGGCUGAGAGGAGAAAAGGAACAGGCACAGCAGAAGGGCUUCGAGAUGUUUCCACUUGAAACUCUGUACUGCUAAUGAAGAGAGAAAGAGAAGAAAGACACAUCACAGAUAACAAAAGAAGAAGCUUUUUCAUAUCCUCCCCUCUGUUUGCUGACUCUUUUAUUGCUUUGUCUGCUUUCCAUCUCAUAGCUUGAAACCAUUUUUAGAUGAGAUGUAUUGAAAAUAGUCUAGAAAGGAGACGUGCUGUGCGCAAAAGCUCAUCAUAAAAAUGUUGUCUCUUUCAGUCUAUUAGAAAAAUACAAUAUAUUCUAUUCA